AUGAACGGAACAGAGUCAAGACUUACGAGCCGGAGCACAGCUAUCAUCGCUGCAGAGACAAGUAUUUUACUUCUUAUUGGACUCAUAACCUUUGUCGGAAAUCUUCUGGUAGUAAUCUCCAUCUAUCGUAAUCCCAGUCUUCGUACCAUCACUAACUACUUCGUACUCUCGCUUUGUGUCACGGAUAUUUUGGCUCCGUUACUCGGUCUCACUCCUAUCCUGGCGUGGUCGAUAAGAAACCACUUUUUCGAAGUGUUUGGAGAAGGAACGUGUAUUUUCCAAGGACUUCUAACAACUGGUCUAACAUAUAUAUCUGUAAUUACCAUAACGCUUAUGGCGGUCAAUCGGUUUAUUCGCGUCUGUAAACCUGAUAAAUAUAGUAAACUGUUCAAUAAAAAGACUUCUUUAAUAAUGAUAGGAGCCUUGUGGACAACUGUUUUUACCCUGGAGCUUGUAGCCUUGUAUGGCAGAAAAGAAAACAAGUUUGCAUUCGUAAAAUUUUUGGAACACAAGCUGACUUGCGGUCUUAUGUUCAAUAGAGAUCAAAAAUCAUCGCGAACGAUCGGGACAUUGACGCUAAUCUUCAUUCUGUUAGUACCGUUUAUUAUCAUCUUUUUCUGCUACUUCAAAGUCUUCAAGAAAAUCCGCCAACAUAAGAGAAGCAUCGCUCCUGCCUCUAACCCGAGGAGCCUGGGUACAAGUGUACAAGAAAUCAAGGUCACAAGGACGCUCUUUGCAGUUUUGAUUGGUUACUGCUUCACAUGGAUUCCAGUUAUGAUCGUGACGUUGCUUUCCAACUUGUUUGGUUCACGUUCUCUUCCUCGUCAGGCUCACAUGAUCGUGACAUUCUCGGGGAUAAGUAGUAGCGCCAUCAAUCCGGUGAUUUAUGGCAUUUUGAAUAGAACGUUUCGCCAUGAAUAUCAAAGAAUCGUUUGUCUGAAGUAGAUAUGGA